AAGAAGAAGAAUUAGAAGAAGAAGAAUUAGAAGAAGAAGAAGAAGAGAUGCGGCGGUCAAACCCCCCCCCGGCUGCAGCAGGGCGGCGGUGAGGGAGCGCGGAGGAGGAGAGGGAGACAAGAUGGCUUCCUCCUGAGGGCCGGAGCCGUGCCGGGGCCCGGCGGGGGCUGCGAGGGGGCAGCGGCGGGGGCAGCGGCGAGACAGGUUUGGCGGGUGACCCGGUUGAUGGACCCAGCAGAAGCCAAAUGGAAGAAGGGCCAAUUAAUUAUGUGGAAGAAAGGCGGCUGAACGAGGGCAGUGGGCUCAGCCUGGUGAAUGGGGGCCGGCCGGAGGCGGGGGGCACUGCACUGAUGGAGCCGAGCAGCUGGUCACCAGGCCAGCCACCCACCCCUGCCAGCAAAGCCCACCUGGAAGAUGUCAGGAACCUGGUGGCCUUUUCAGCGGUGGCUGAAGCCGUUUCCUCCUACCGGUUACCCCCUCCAGGUUCCCCAUCACUGCUGUAUGAAAAGUUCAACUCGGAGAUGAGCCGGGGUGGGUUGGUGGAUGGCGUGCCCCGGGGUGAGGACCUGCACGCCCUCAAAGCUGCCCUGGCUUUGGCCAAGCAUGGUGUGAAACCUCCCAACUGCAACUGCGAUGGCCCCGAGUGCCCUGACUACCUGGAAUGGCUGGAGCAGAAGAUCAAGACAGCUCUGGGUGAAGAGCUGGCAUCGCCGCGGCCCCGUGCUGCCGCCACCAACCCCCCACCACCCCCCCAGGAAGGUGCUAUCGACCCCCAGCCGGUGCCUGAGGCCGUCGACCCGUGCCCACCCGACGGCCUUCCCUUUUCCCAAAGUGCGUUGACCAUCGCCAAGGAGAAGAACAUCAGCCUGCAGACCGCCAUAGCCAUCGAAGCCCUGACGCAGCUCUCGGCCGCUCUCCCUCAGCCUGCUAGUGAUGGCCAGACCCCACCUCCACCCCUGCCACCACCCCCUGCCACCCCCUUUGGCUCUGGCCCCAUUGCCCCCCCGGUGGCUGCAUGGCAACGAGAUGAACCCCGUUAUCCACCAGAAGCUGGAGCGGUGCCAGAGCCGUUUUUUGGUCCGGCACCUCCCCGGGGGGGUUUCACAGCAGCAUGGGGGCUGGAGGCAGAGGGAGCGGUGGGGGCUGGAGACCCCAUGGCAGAGCUGGAACAGCUCCUGGGGAACGCUGACGACUACAUCAAGGCAGCCUUCAAGAGACCCGAAGCGACAGCCAGCAAAGUGACAGCACCCAAAAUGGAGCCCCCCAGGAAGGAUGCUCCGGGUGGCCCCUGCUUGCCAUCGGCAACGCCGGAUCCCGACUUGCACAAGAAGACGCAGCUGGUCCUGCAGCAGCAUCUCCACCACAAACGCAGCCUCUUCCUUGAGCAAAGCCUGGCAGCAGCAGCAGCACCCCCAGAUCGGCCAAGCAGCUGGUGGGCUCCCAGCACCCUGGCCGUGCCCCCCAAGCCCUUUGAAAAGCAGGCCAAAGAGAAGAAGAAGAAAACGCCGCUCGAAAAGCCCCCCCCGGCCAGACCUCUCCGUAAACAAGUGCAAAUCAAGAAAGCGAAGCAGAAGGACUCGCAGCCCCUCUUCCUGCCCCUCUGGCAGAUCAGCCUGGAGGGGUUCCGGGCACCUGCCGAGCCCCCAGCUGAAGAGAUGCAAAUGGAACCGCCAUCUGCCUGUCCACUCCAGCCCCUGGCACUGCCCCUGCCCACUGCUCACCCCCUGCCACCGCCACCCCAGAACCCCCUCGAUGGUGUCCCCCCGGCUCCCGACUCUCAGGAAAGGGGUGCCCCCGGGGGGGGCCCCCAAAUUCACCCGGUGCCGGUGGGCUCAGAGGAAAUCCCAGCUGCUCCAACGCCAGCCACCCCCAUCGUGGUGGAUGAUAAGCUGGAAGAACUCAUCCGGCAGUUCGAAGCAGAAUUCGGGGAGAAUUUCAACUUGCAGCCCCCCGAGGCCCCCACCCCGCUUGCCUCUGGGGCUGCUGAGCUACCGGGGGGGGGCAAACCAGCCCCGCAAGUGCCCCCACCCACCACGACCACCGCCGCCACCCUCCCAGCAUCCAGCAUUGCUCCCCAAGCCGGACCCAAAAGCUUUUCAUUCUCCCCAGGGAAGGGGCAGCUUUCAGACCUCCCUUUCACCGCCCGCUCCCCGAAACAGAUCAAAAUCGAGUCUUCUGGUGCUAUCACCGUGGUGUCCACCACGUGCUUUUACUCUGAAGAAAGCCAAAACCCGGAGGCAGAUGACGCCGAGGGGACACCCACCAAGGACGAGGUGCCACUGACACCCACACUCAGUGGCUUCUUGGAGUCACCACUGAAGUACCUGGACACACCAACCAAGAGCCUCCUGGACACCCCGGCUAAGCGGGCACAAGCUGAGUUCCCCACCUGCGACUGUGUGGAGCAAAUCGUGGAGAAGGAUGAGGGUCCCUACUACACCCACCUGGGCUCGGGGCCCACCGUGGCGUCCAUCAGGGAGCUCAUGGAGGAGAGGUAUGGUGAGAAGGGCAAGGCCAUCCGUAUCGAGAAGGUCAUCUACACCGGGAAGGAGGGGAAGAGCUCCCGGGGCUGCCCCAUAGCCAAGUGGGUGAUCCGAAGACACAACCAAGAGGAGAAGCUGCUGUGCCUGGUGAGGCAUCGGGCUGGCCACCACUGCCAGAAUGCUGUCAUCAUCAUCCUGAUCCUGGCCUGGGAGGGAAUCCCCCGCACACUUGGUGACACACUCUACCAGGAGCUCACUGACACCCUCACCAAGUACGGCAACCCCACCAGCCGCCGCUGCGGCUUGAAUGAUGACCGGACCUGUGCAUGCCAAGGCAAAGACCCCAACACCUGCGGCGCCUCCUUCUCCUUCGGCUGCUCCUGGAGUAUGUACUUCAAUGGCUGCAAAUAUGCCCGGAGCAAAACUCCUCGCAAGUUCAGGCUGGUGGGGGACAAUCCCAAAGAGGAAGAGCUACUCCGGAAAAGCUUUCAGGACUUGGCCACUGAGGUUGCUCCACUUUACAAGAGGCUGGCACCACAAGCCUACCAAAACCAGGUUACCAACGAGGACGUAGCGAUCGACUGCCGUCUGGGCUUGAAGGAGGGGAGGCCGUUCUCAGGAGUGACAGCGUGCAUGGACUUCUGUGCUCAUGCUCACAAAGAUCAGCACAACCUCUACAACGGCUGCACUGUGGUCUGCACACUGACCAAGGAAGACAAUCGCGUAGUGGGGAAGAUCCCUGAGGAUGAGCAGCUCCAUGUCCUCCCCCUCUACAAGAUGUCCAGCACAGAUGAGUUUGGCAGCGAGGAGAACCAAAACGCCAAGGUGGGCAGUGGGGCCAUCCAGGUGCUCACAUCUUUCCCCAGAGAGGUCCGCAAGCUGCCCGAGCCCGCCAAGUCCUGCCGGCAGCGGCAGCUGGAAGCCAGGAAAGCUGCUGCAGAGAGGAAGAAGCUGCAGAAAGAGAAGCUGAUGACACCAGAGAAAAUCAAGCAGGAAGCACUCGAGCUUCCUACGCUCCAACAAAACCCAGGUAUGGCAUUGAAAAGCGGGCUGCCCCCGCAGCCACUGAAACCUUCCCUCAAGGUGGAACCCCAGAGCCAUUACAACGCCUUCAAGUACAACGGCAACGCGGUGGUGGAGAGCUACUCGGUGCUGGGGAGCUGCCGGCCCUCCGACCCCUACAGCAUGAACAGUGUUUACUCUUACCAUUCCUACUAUGCACAGCCCAAUCUGCCUUCUGUGAACGGGUUUCACUCCAAGUUCGCGCUUCCCUCCUUUGGCUAUUACGGUUUUUCCAGCAACCACGUGUUCCCCUCCCAGUUCCUCAACUACGGGGCCACCGAGCGGAGCGGGAGCAGCUGGGUCAGCAACAGUUACGAAAAGAAACCCGACGUCCCGGCCUUGCAGGAGAACCUCAACCACACCUACGGCAACACCAAUUUCCCCGAGCCCAUCCCACACGGUGUCCGCAGCAAAAACCAUCACCAGCGUACCUACGAGCGGGCCAACCGCUACGCCAGCCAGCAGAAAGCGGCAGCUGGGGCGCACAGGACUAGCGUGGGCUCGGAAGAGGCAACGCCGUUUGCACAGAACUGUUUCACCAACCGACCCAUCAAGCAGGAACCUCCAGACCCACCACCCACCAUUGAGCCUCUUCCCGCUGUGGUGGCCAUGCACGGCACUGGUUUAGCCCUGCCGGCCGUCCCGGCACGUGGCGUGGGGCUGGAGCAGAGGUGGAGCCCCUUCAAAGCAUCCCGGGGCCUGGCUUCUCCAGAGAGGACUAGCACGGUGGAGGGCUCGUGGAGCUCCUUGGUGCCGAGCUCGGGGGGGAGGGAGAAGCCGAGCGCCUUUGAUGCCGCUGCGCGCUUGCCACCUCCAGAAAAGCAGUGGCCCAGCUCCCUAGGGGGAGAGGCGCCAGCGCGUGGCAUGGGCUUGCUUCCCAAACCAUGGAGCCCCUGCAAGCUGGGGGAGACGGCGCUGGCUGGCACAGGUACCUCCAGCCUGAUGGGGCCGCUGGGCUUUGGCUCGGCCCUGACGGGGCUGCCUGGCUUCUCUGAGGAGCCAUGGGGCUCGGUAAAGGCGGAGGAGAGAACGCCGGCGCCCAGCCCAGGGUUGCCAGAGAAGCCGUGGGAAGCAGCGGUGGGUGAGAAAGGGGCAGUGGGACCGCAGCAGGAGAAGCCGUGGGACCCCUUCGGCCUGGAGGAAGAUUUGCCAGAGAAGGCGGUGAAGGAGGAAGAGGAGGAGGAGGAGGAAGAAGAAGAGGAAGAGGAGGAGUGGUCAGACAGUGAACACAACUUCCUGGAUGAGAACAUCGGCGGGGUGGCUGUGGCACCAGCCCAUGGCUCCAUCCUCAUUGAGUGUGCCCGCCGUGAGCUCCACGCCACCACCCCGCUGAAGAAACCCAACCGCUGCCACCCCACCCGCAUCUCCCUGGUCUUUUACCAACACAAGAACUUGAACCAGCCCAACCACGGCCUGGCGCUGUGGGAGGCCAAGAUGAAGCAGUUGGCGGAGCGGGCUCGAGCCCGGCAAGAGGAGGCAGCACGCCUGGGUCUCCCCCCUGAUGCCAAAGCCUUCGCCAAGAAACGCAAGUGGGGCGGCGCAUUGGCCACCGAAGCGCCCAGCAAGGAGAGGAGAGACUCAGUCCCCACGCGGCAGGCGGUGGCCAUCCCCACCAACUCGGCCAUCACUGUGUCCUCCUACGCCUACACCAAGGUGACGGGUCCCUACAGCCGCUGGAUCUGAGACAGAGGUGACCACCGUGGCCCCUGCUUACCUCAACCCUCGGCAGCGCUGCAACCCUUGUGUUGCUUCGUGGUGCUUUCUCCUCAGGAGUGGGGGAGAAGAAAAAAACAAAAUAGAAACGGAUAAAACAGAAA